AUGACGAUUGCACCAUUGCAACAAGUCGACUCUUACGUCUACCUUGGCAAAGAAGUCAACAUGUCGAACGAUCUGAGUAUAGAAAUCGGAAGACGCAGAAAAGCCGGCUGGGCGGCCUUCAACAACAUUCGAGAGGUCAUGAUCCAACUGAAAGAUCCCAAAUUACGCGCUCAAAUCUUCGAAGCCUCUGUCAUUCCCGCCUUAACCUACGUGUCCGAAGUUUGGCCAGACACCAAGGGGACAGCCACCGCCCUGUUUACCAGCUACCGUGCGCUCGAAAGAGCUCUUCUCGGCAUCACACGCUACUAA